AUGGAGGAACCCUUACCCGGGAUCACUCCCAUCAACUGUUAUAAUGUCGAAAAAGGCAAAUUAAGUGCAUCAGUAAAAUGGUUGAUUGGACGUGUUUACGGAAGUACAGCUCCUGACCUUUUAGUGAAACCGAUCAAAGAAAAUGCCAAUAAUACUUUCCAGCUGGAAGCAGCCGUAGUAACGGGUUUAACCAAUGCAUCAUUGUACAGUAAUGCUGCUGCUAAAAUAUUCAAGGAUCAAAGUCUUCUUAAUAAGCCGCAUAGCGUUGUACUUCGAGCUUUGGCCAACCAUUCGAUUCCAAUCACAUUAUCCGGCGAAGAAGCAAAUAUCAACGAGUCAAUGUUGUCAACCGUUCAACCUUUUCACCAGGCUGCCCACCUGGCAGUCAUGGAUUCCUUAAUGAUUGCACAUAUGCGGUCCAUCAUUACAAUUGAUAAAGUGGUAGAAGCUGUGCAGAAUUACACGACGGUUGAUAAACGGGAAGAGCCAAUGGAUAGUGUUGAUGCGUUGCUGUUUUGGAUCAAUAAAAUUUGUUUACUAGUACGAGAUGAUAUGGAAAAGUUUGCUGUAAUGAAUAAAAAUUCUAAGGAACAAUAUGGAUCAGUGGUGGUGCCUGAAAUGGAAGAUCUCUAUGAGGAUAUGUGUGAUGGCGCUUGCAUUUGCGCACUUGUUGGAUUUUAUCGACCUAAUGAAAUGGUCUUACGAGACAUCUGCUUCAACGAUCCAAUGAGCCUUGCUGAUUGUCAGUACAACUUAAUACUUCUCAGGAAAUUCUGUUCCCAUUUGCCAUGGAAUCCAUUUCAUUUCGAAAUUGAAGAUAUCCUAUAUCUUCAUGAAAGUUUACAGCCAAAUGUAAACGCGUUUUUAGCUGAUCUUUUUCAAAUUUUCGAAGGAGAUGGCGUAAGAAAUGUCGCAAGUCCUAUUGAGACCUCGACUGCACCUGCGCGCGCAAGAUAUUUUGUACCAGUAAAUGGGAUACCUGAUCUGCGAUCUCAAGCUGUUCCAAAUAAAGUACCUAAUCAAUUUAGAUCUCGUUUUCAACCUGAAAUGUCGCGAACGUUUUCUGCAAUGUCUUCAGAUUCACUGAUGACCAAUCGUUCGGGUGAAUCAAUGAAACAUCGUUAUCAGAAGAAUUUUAUUGGUUCUAAAACCAGCUUUGGCGAGCUGACACAGUGUGGCGAUCAUGUUGGUGGUGUGAGUGAUUUUUCGCAAGGAGGAACAUACCUUCGCAGUGAUUCAUUGCCAGCUGCAAGUAUACGUUUAGCAUUAGAAGAAAAACGACGUGAACAUGAAAAAAGGCGUUAUUUGGAAACGAAUCAGAGUGAAUCAGAGCGGGCACAGAAACAGAAAGAUGCAUUCUUCACACUUAUGCAGCGUCUAGAAAAAGGUUCUGACACACGAUCACGUGCAGCAAGUGAAAUUGGCAGCUCUCAAGCAUACGAAUCACAAGAAUUAUCUUUUUUAAAGGAGACUGUACAGGACUUAAAGAAACGACUUCAAGAAAUGUCGGUUCAGCAGGAGCAUUUAAGUCGUCAGGUAGAUGAACAACGCCAAAUGACACACGCCAUUUCUCAACCUGCCAUCCAUACAGAAUUUGGACUGCUAAAUGAGCCAAGUCAUAUGUUUAAUGGCUCUUAUGCAACUUUACCACAUAAUGCUAUAAAAUCGGCCCAUCAAGCACAGCAGCAUACCUACGCAACACCUUAUAUGACCUCUGUAGAACCACAAAUAUUCGAACAGUCUACGCAGCAAUCACUAGAUCAGAAUCAAUCGUUUCCCAUGCACACACUGCAGAUGCCUGUGAAUGGAUAUUCCAAUCAAUCGGAUUAUCAAUCGACAGCGCCCAUUUAUACAUCUCAUGUUGUUCCUAAUUCUCAACUACAAACACCACAGUAUCAACUGACUCUGGAUGGUACAUAUGUUUUGCAUUCGCAGGAUACUGGUGCGCAUCCUCUUGUUGGCUCACCAUUUAUGCUUGCUAAUUCUGUCGCUAAUUCUACUGCGAUUGCAAACAAUACAUUUCGACUUCAUCGGAAUGACGCAUCGUCGAGUCGUUUGGAUCCAUCACUUGAGAUAAACCGUAAUUUGACUAACUGGGGACUCACCUAUAAAGCUGGACAGACGAUACGGCCACAAAGACGUACCUGGGACAAUAGAACAUUUGGGAAAAGUGAGAUGGAUUUAUCGAAUCAAUCCGAGUUCUCGCUAGGAGUUCCUUCACACUUGCAAAAUCAAUCAUCAGGAGCAUCUGAAAAUGUAGAUGGUAUCAAAGUGCCGGAAUCCACACCUUUGCAACAAAGAAAGCCGCAACAUUUACAGCAAGCUGAUUUCAAAUCCUAUAUUAAGCCGAAGGAGGAUGACAAGCCUGGACAUCAACAGAGUCCACCAAAAGAUCCUAUUUCAUCUACAAACGCCGAUGUACCUCCGCCACCGACGAAUCGGAAGUUUUCGUUUACACGUGCUUCACAAUUCAUUGUUGAUGAUGCGGCCGAUAAACCUAUUAUCAGCGUGACUCCUGAAAUGGAAGCAAAACGUGAGGCAUUGUUAGCGAAAACCUUACGACGCCGUGAACAAAUUGAACAAAAGGUAGGGGAAAUUGAAGCUAAAAAUGCUGAACGAAGACAAGCUGAACUGGAAAGGCAAGAGGCUGCUGAACAGCGGAAGCGUGAGCGCGAAUUGCAAAGGCAGAGAAUAUUAGAUGAUUACAAGCGUAAAAAGAUGGAAAAGGAGUUGGAAAAUAAUGAAAUACCCAAUGGUCGAGGAUAUAGUCAACAGUCUUUAGUACGACCGAAAAGCACGAUGGAAGGGAUCCAUCUUCGAACGAAACGUGCAACUCGAUCACAGAGUAGCUUCGAAGAGAACACUGCGCCAUCAUCAGCUCGUAUUCCUAUACCAAGUACUGCUGAGCCAACGCUAAAACUCUUUUCGAAAUAUGUCCAUAAGUCGAAUCGAUCAAUGAUCAUAAAUGCUUUGCAAUAUUCGGUAUUUCCUGGAAUUGUUUGGGAUAAACAGCGUGCUGAAGUGCUUGGCGAAUUAGCAAAAAGUGAUAGUAAGCAUUUCCUUUUACUGUUUCGGGAUCAAAAAUGUCGCUAUUUAGGCGCAUAUAGUUGGGAUCAGCAAUCAGAUACCGCUCAUCGUAUUCACGGAAAAGGCCCCAAUAUUUGUCAUGAGUCGAUGAUGCACUUGAUGUUUAAAUAUGAUUCGGGCGCGAAGAAAUUUUCGCAGAUUCCAACAAAGCAUCUUUCGGCGACGAUUGAUGGUUUCACGUUACAAGAUCAAUAUAUGCAGGGUCCGAAAAUUCCACACAGUAACAGUAUCAACAGGUAG